AAACGUCCACGCGCACAGACUCCGAAAAAGUUACAACCGGCCAGUCCGAUUUAUUUUUAUUUUUUCCGGGCAGUGUUAUGCGUUAAUUAAAAAUAAUGGAGGGGCGGAGGACUUGGGAUGGCGUGCCGCUGGGCGAAUCGCACUCUCCACCACAAUCGGUGCCGGGCCGAAGGACUCCUUUGGGUGCUGUCGGCCUGGGGGGCUUCUACAUGCAGGGAGGCCAGCCUCCGCCUCCGCAACACUGCUAUCCGACUGACGAAAAUCAACCUGAACCUGGAACAAGCUAUGGACAACGAGCACUGGGCGAUGGUAAAUCCAAACAGAAAAUGCGACAAGGCAAGAACGUCCGGUUAAAUAUAAAUGCAAGGGAACGCAGAAGAAUGCAUGAUUUAAACGACGCGCUGGAUGAACUACGCGGAGUCAUUCCCUACGCUCACUCUCCCUCUGUACGGAAGUUAUCAAAAAUAGCAACAUUACUAUUAGCUAAAAAUUAUAUUCUCAUGCAGGCCAGUGCUCUUGAGGAGUUACGGAGACUGGUAGCGUAUCUUCAAGGGACAGCAACAGCGGCUGGAAUAGUACCGCCACCAGGGUUCGACUUGACCGGAUUCCCAGCAGCAGCUAAGCUCCUACAAAACCCUGUACCCUGCCCCCCCGCUCCGCCCGAACCGCCCUCUUGAGACCCAGCAAUCAAACUAGAGCCUUAAACAAUAGGUGAAAAUGCACCCGUUGUAUGCAAGAUUACAUUUUGUCCCUAUGUUAGUUGAAAAACUAAUAACAAUUCUGUCACAUUUUUCCUGCCGUGUUAUACUUUAGUACAAGAGACAAAAUUUUUAAUAAAAUUUUAAUUAAAGUAACUAGCAAGUGCAUCAAGCACGAUUUGUACUGUAAGAAACUUUUCGAGGUGAAGGACUUUCACUACAUUAUUAUAUUAUAUAGGAAGGUUUGAUUAUACUUAUGGUAAACGUAAAGCAGCGACGUUUAGUAGAACUAUAUAUAAUUAAG